CCGACCCGACCAAACGCCGCCUUCUCCAGCUUCCUUCCUCCUCUUCCACUACCCUCCCCUCAUCGCCGCCUUCGGAAGCCCUAGCGAAGCGAGCGCCCAGGCGGCGGCGGCGGAGGAGGAGCGAGCGCCAUGGCGGAGGACGACUACAACGACAUGGACAUGGGGUACGAGGAUGAGCCCCCAGAACCUGAGAUUGAGGAAGGAGCUGAGGAAGAGCCUGAGAAUAACAAUGAGGAUGCUGUGGAUGAUGUGGUUGGGGCUGAAGAUGACAAGGAGCAGGAAAAGACGGCUCGUCCACGGAAAACAUCAAAGUAUAUGACAAAAUACGAGCGUGCACGCAUUCUUGGUACACGUGCCUUGCAGAUAAGCAUGAAUGCUCCUGUUAUGGUCGAGCUUGAAGGGGAGACUGAUCCACUUGAGAUUGCCAUGAAAGAAUUGAGAGCACGCAAGAUCCCUUUCACAAUCAGGCGGUAUUUACCUGAUGGAAGCUAUGAGGACUGGGGAGUUGAUGAGCUCAUUGUAGAGGACUCCUGGAAACGGCAAGUUGGUGGGGGCUAAAUAACUGGAUACCCAUGUUUGAUGUAGUAUGGCCAAAGCUUUUAGUUUUUUCGGGCAAGUUAACAUGAUACUUUCUAUGACAGAAGGUUGAUGUAAUGCACAGUUAUGUGGCCGCAUAUGAUUGCGCUGUACUUUGGAACUAUAAUUGUCUGGUUUCAUGGACUUUUUCAGAUUAUUGUGAUCAUGCUCAAUCACUUACAUUUUAAUAGUCGUCUUUGAACUGUUUGAUAUUUUGAAUGACUUACAUGUAAAUUUUGACUUAAUUUGAUAUGUUUUGUUGACCUA